AUGGCCUGUAACAGCACUCCCAUGGGGACUUACGAAUAUCUGCUGAAUGUGAGCAACACUUUGGACGCCGGGGCCACCCCACUGUCUGCACCGCUCAGGAUCUCGCUGGCAAUAAUGAUGCUGCUGAUGAUCGUGGUAGGAUUCCUCGGCAACACGGUGGUCUGCAUCAUCGUGUACCAGAGGCCAGCCAUGCGUUCAGCCAUCAACCUGCUGCUGGCCACCUUGGCCUUUUCCGACAUCAUGCUGUCCUUGUGCUGCAUGCCUUUCACCGCCAUCACCCUCGUCACUGUUCGCUGGCACUUCGGGGACCACUUCUGCCGGCUUUCAGCUACUCUCUAUUGGUUUUUUGUCCUAGAGGGCGUGGCCAUCCUGCUCAUCAUUAGCGUGGACCGAUUUCUCAUCAUCGUGCAGCGUCAGGACAAGCUGAACCCACGCAGGGCUAAGAUGAUCAUCGCGGCCUCCUGGGUGCUGUCUUUCUGCAUGUCUGUGCCCUCCUUCACUGGCUGGACGUUCAUGGAGGUGCCUGCUCGGGCCCCACAGUGCGUGCUGGGCUACACUGAGUUCCCAGCCGAACGAGCCUAUGUGGUGACACUGGUGGUGGCGGUGUUCUUUGCUCCCUUUGGCGUCAUGCUGUGCUCCUAUCUGUGCAUCCUCAAUACGGUGCGGAAGAACGCUGUCCGUGUGCACAACCAGUCGGACAGCCUGGACCUCAGACAGAUGUCCGGGGCUGGCCUGAGACGUCUCCGGCGGCAGCAGCAGCAAGCCAGCCUGGACCUGAGCUUCAAAACCAAGGCCUUCACCACCAUCCUCAUCCUCUUCGUGGGCUUUUCGCUCUGCUGGCUGCCGCACUCAGUCUACAGCCUGUUGUCUGCGUUCAGCCGGCGGUUCUAUUACAGCACCUCCUUCUACACCACCAGCACGUGUGUCCUGUGGCUCAGUUACCUCAAGUCUGUCUUCAACCCCAUUGUCUACUGCUGGAGGAUCAAGAAAUUCCGCGAGGCCUGCAUAGAGUUGCUUCCCCAAACUUUCCAAAUCCUCCCUAAAGUGCCUGAGAGGAUCCAGAGGAAAAUCCAACCGAGCACCGUCUACGUGUGCAAUGAAAACCAAUCCGCUGUCUAA